AUGCUAUUGGAGUGGAUAGGUUUAUGGCUGAAAUAUAUUCUAAGAAGGAUUUGGGGAGCUUUUCCACCAGUCAAAAGUCAGAUAGCAUCACCAGGUAUCACAGAUACAGGAUCAUGCAAGGCAGACUCUGAGUGGGAAACCAAUGAGGCUCUUCGCACAUAUCGACCUGGAAAUGGAAACGAAACCACUGUAACAGUCCAAACCAGUACAUAUGCAUUCCAUGUGGAUCUUGGGAGACUCUCAGAGUGCAGUGAGUACUUCCGAGCCUUGUCCCAGUCCAGUAUGAGAGAGACCUCAGAGAGCCUCAUCCACCUGGAGCAUGUGUCCUCCUCUGCCUUCCACAAUCUCCUGGAGUUUUCUUUCCUUAAUCAGUUUAAAGUCCCUCAGGAGGAGUUGGGCACACACAUCCAGGUCAGCAGCUAUCUCCUGGCCGAGGCCUUCCUCUCAAGGUGCUUGUCAGUCCUCGCGGAUAAACUUAGCCCAGGUAACUGUUUGUCUUACCUGAGUCUGGCUCAGGAGAUCUGCUGUGUGGAGCUGAAGACGACAGUGUUCACCUACCUGAGUAGAAACCUGCUGGAGCUUCCUCACCUUAUCAAGUGUCUGGAGGAUGCAGAGAAGGACAAAGUUGUCAACCUGAGGAUACAAGGAGACAGACGUCUCUGCAGCCUUAGGAAAGAGAACCUGACUUCUUGGAAUGACCCAGAAACAGAACUUGCCCGACAUAUCUUCACCCUGAAAGGCUCAGAGGACAGCGGAGAUUGGUAUCCAGUUACAGAGCUUCCUUUCAGUGCUGAUAAGUGGUGCUUCACCGCAGUGGUCCUGUAUAACUACCUGUACGUUAUAGGAGGCUACCGGCAGCCUGUUAAGAGAGGCUGGGAGUUCAAGAUGGCUUCCUCAAGGUAUAAUCCCUUCACUCAUUCAUGGGCUGCCACAGCUCCUCUGAUCAAGCACAGAAGGCACUUCAGUGCAGUGGCCUGUGAAGGCUGUAUUUACGCUGUGGGAGGCUGGUACUUGGACUCACUGGUGACCCCAGACUCCAGCACAGCUCUUUAUACAGCUGUAGAACGCUAUGAUCCAUGGGAGGACACAUGGAGGUUUGUCUCCUCACUGCCACUCACUGACUUCCAGUUCACCAUGUCCUUGUCACAUGACGUGCCCCUUGUCACUAGCCUUGGACACUGUCUCUAUGUGUUGGGGAGCAUCCAGAGGACUGGAGAGAAACUGCUGUUGCAGUACAACACGAGUCAAGACUCCUGGUCUGAACUGCUUCCUACCCUCACCAGAGCAGAUGCAGACCUCCCUACUCUUUACUUCCUGGGUGCCACUGACAGGCUGCUUGUGAUUGGUGGGAACAACUCAGAGAAUGUGGUGACAUCAUUCUGCGUGCAGUCUCAGAGAUGGGGACAGGUGCGCAGGGCUGAGAAAGUGGCAUUUGCAGGACAGGGGGCAGUUGUAGGCGAACAGGUCCUGAUGCCAAGUAUAGAGCACAACACUGUUGCAAGGAUGGAUCUCCAAACCCUCUCCCUCAGACUUUUUCCUCCUCUACCCAUUCCCACCCGCUAUGAAGCUGUCUUUUAUCUUCACUUUUAA